UCUUUUAUCACGGGUUUUAGUAUCCGAAUAUUCUAAAUUAAGUUGUUUACAUUUUUUUUCGUAAAUUGUAUUUGAACGGUGUUAUACUUUGAGAAAAUUCUACCUCAAGUCAGCUUUGUUGCGUAACUACAACCAUACGAUAUUAUACGAACACGAUUACUAUAGCAAUGUGCACACAAAUGCCUUAAGACAUUGUAAAAUUCGUUAUAAAAACUAUUAAAGUAGGAUCGUUUAUCAUAAAAAUAAACAUGGGUCGCAGAAGUGGAAAAGCAUCAAAAUUGAAACGCCAUUCGUCUCUUGAUGACUUAACUGGUAGACCAUAUAGAUUGCCAAUUGACCGAAAUCAAAUUCGUCGAGUUGAUCAAAUUGAUAAUCCUCAAAAUGGACAUGAAUAUCUUUACAUGGCUAGAAAAAUGGAAGAUAAAUUGCCUCCAGUUAUGACUGCCACUAAUGUUGAACUUCAGGAAUUCAUAAACAAAUUUGAAAACAAUGCUCCUACAUAUGUCAUCCCUCCACUUGAAUUGCCUUGUAUAAAAAAUAAGAAAUUACUGCCAACUAAAGCUGAAAUAAUGUCAUACAUCGAACAGUAUGAAAGUGCCAGAACCAAAAUUCAGGAUACCAGAAAAUGUAUUACUCAUCCUGGAAAUUUAUUGCCAAUAUCUAAUUCACCAACUGCAUGGUUUACAUUUUUAUUUGGAAGACAAAUUAAUGCUUCUACUCCAGUGAAUCCUGUUCAUAAUAUUGACAAAAUUGUUUAUUUUUUCCAGAGCCACUGUGCUGCUGUAAUAUGUAACUUUGUUCAAUGGAUUAUGAAAAAAAUAAUUAGCACCAGUGAUGUAACUUCUUGGACAUUUUCUGUGUAUGCCAGUAUGGACAGUGAUCCAAGUGAAACUCUGCUAUCAGAUAUGCGUAUACUUACGCAGUAUUUUAUUAAUGCUCGGGCUGAAAUCGAAGAUCAUUUGGAUGUUUCUGCGUUACGUUACAGCUGUUUAAUUAACUUGGUCUCAGAAAAAUUCAAACAACACGAUCUCGGUGAUAUUGUUAACUAUAAAAAUCAUUAUUCUGGUAGUAGUAAGGUAAAAAACAAAUAUGAAGACUAAAAUAAAUACAGUUAACUCUGUUUAAUUCUUUACUUUAUAUACUUUUCUCCAUUGGUUCUAAGAUCUUGGAACUUUUACAUUCAUUUUUAACAAAUGUUAAUUAAUAAUAAUGUUUAUUAGUUAAACUUAUUAUGAUUUAAGAUUAAUCUUUAUUUAUGUACGCUAGUUAAAUAAUAAUAUAGAAAUAUUAUUAAAUAAUAAAUAUUGAUAUUUGUUAA